AUGACGCAGCGUACCCAGCCAUUUGCAGAUGAAGAUAUCAGAAAAGAUGCGUCCCUUCAUGGAUUUACCGAUACUCGAUGCAUGGUGUCGAUGGGCAUAUUGGUCGCAUUGACCAACAUCAUUCUUGGCUCCCCUACCGUCCUUGACGACUGCUCAGGUUCUCUAUAUGAACCACCGAGCGAUACGGACACAAGCAGCCCAUUUAUGAUUGUCAAGAAACACGACGAUAUGGAUAUGGCUGAGCAGAAAAGAUGCUUGAAUCGAGACGGCAAUGCUUGUGUCUUGACAGGGUCUACGAAGCCUAGUGCUUAUCAUGUCGCACCUUUCUCUUGGAACAACACUCAAGAAAAUAUUAAAAACACGAGAAAGAUUGGUGGCCGGCUUGGCCUUAUAGCCGGUUUCGGCUUUGUGCCCCGUACAAGCUACCUGUGCGACCCAGAGAGUCCGGGGGCCUCAGAUAAAGCGUGGAAUAUGAUCUCCAUGGAUCCGCAGCUGUAUGUCUGGUGGUGCAGGGGCUAUUCCGCACUCAGAUAUCUCAAUAUGGAUCCAAUUGGACAGCAUGAGAUGAAUAUCACUUCGGAGUUUCGAUGGAUGCCUCAGAUGAAGCGAUAUUUUGGCCAAGAAACCGAUGUCUAUAAUACAGGAACAGGAUACAACCUACAAGAUUUGAUCGAUGCGCUCCAUCGAUUUCAUGACCAUGGCGAUCCAGCGCCUGUAGCUGACUACAAAACAAGACUUAGAACCCCCACGAACAAGGGAGCCACCCUCCGGUCAGGAAAGCUGAUAUAUACAGGAAUGAAAAGGGAAGAUACAUACCGUUUCAGGGACAUGAUAGAUAUGCAGUGGGGUUGUAUACUUAUUACAGCCCUAAGUAGUGUGACAGGAAGUCCACAGUUGCUUGCGAAUAAAGAUUCUAAUGACCGGGUAAUGCAGUGGGUUCAGGACCAGGCAAGAAUAAGUAGGAGAGCCAGCAAAUGA